AUGAAGACGUUCACUGUGCGCGUCUUUGGCGCCGCCGUCGUUGUCUUUUCAGGACGUUCCGUAGCCACCAACUUCCUGAACCAUAACCAGCUAGUCUCCGGCUUCGAAGAUCCCAACUGGUUCCUGCAGAACAUCCCGUUUCUUGAUGUUCCCAGCCAGCAGAUCCAAGACGUCUACUACUACCGCUGGCAGACGUAUAAAGAGCACAUCACCUACACCAGCUCGCAGUACGGCUACUUGCUCACCGAGUUUCUGCUUCCCACCGGCUAUGGUUCGCCAUACAAUGGUAUUAACGCCGCCGCGGGCCACCACAUCGUCGAAGGACGCUGGAUUCGAGACCAAAAGUAUGGCAGGGAUGAGGUCAACUUUUGGCUGGCUGGUCCUGGGCAGUUUGCCAAGCCGCAGACCGACAACUACAACUUGGACGCCUCGGACUGGGCGCACGAGUACAGCUUCUGGGUAGCCAACGCCGUGUGGCGCCAGUAUCUCGUAACUGGAGACGCGGACUUUGCCAUCAGUCAUCUGGACAACCUUGUCAAGCAAUACCGCGGCUGGGAUAACCAUUUCAACUCUGACCUCGGCCUCUACUGGCAAGUCCCCGUCUGGGAUGCCUCCGAGUGCACGGCCGCCUCCUACUCGUCGGGCAACCCUUACCACGGCGGCGCUGGAUAUCGACCGACCAUUAACGGAUAUCAGUACGGAGACGCUCGGGCUAUUGCGUCCUUGGCCACGUUGAAGGGGGACUCGGCCCUGGCCUCUGAGUACACGGGCCGGGCCAACGCCCUGCAGACUGCCAUGCAGACUCAUCUCUGGGACAGCGGGCGUCAGUUCUUUAUGCAUCUGCCGCGAGACAACAACCCCUCGCUGCAGCUGUUCGACACGCGUGAAAUCAUGGGCUACUUCCCGUGGCAGUUUGACAUGCCGCAGUCUGCCAACAUCGCCGCCUUCUCCCAGCUCAAGGACUCGCAGGGCUUUGCGGCCACUUACGGCCCAACGACUGCUGAACGACGAAGCCCGUAUUACAUGGACAUGAACGCAACCUGCCUUCAGUGGGAUGGCCCGUCAUGGCCGUACGCCACCUCGCAGGUCUUGACGGCUGUGGAGAAUGUGCUCAACGACUAUCCGUCACAGUCCUACAUUACUUCGACAGACUACUUCAACCUUCUCUCUGCCUACGCCGCCACCCAGUAUCGAAACGGCGUGCCUUAUGUGGCUGAAGCUCACAACCCAGACUCCAACUCGUGGAUGUACGAUACCUACAACCACAGCGAGGACUACAACCAUUCCACCUACAUCGACAACGUCAUUGCCGGACUGCUGGGCCUCCGCGGACAGUCCAACAGCACUCUGACGGUCAACCCCCUCAUCCCCUCCUCGUGGGACUACUUUAUGCUGGAGAACGUCGCAUACCACGGACACAACGUCACAGUCCUAUGGGACAAGACCGGUCAGCACUACAACCAGGGCUCCGGCCUGAGGGUCUUUGUGGACGGGGCCGUCACGGCCAAUCGUGACACCAUCGGGUUCCUCACUGUCAACAUCGGCAGCGCCGUUGCCCAGACUUUCGACGCGCAGGUCAACAUCGCCGUCAACAGCCAGGCAUACUCGCAGUACACGACGCCGUUUGCGUCCUGGACCUCCCAGUAUGACAAUGUGUGGAGGGCCAUUGACGGCAUCGUCUACCGCAACGCCGUUCCCCAAAACACUCGCUGGACGUCGUACCAGAGCCCCAACGCCUCGGACUAUUUCGGCGUGGACCUCCGCCGGCCGCAGGCAGUUUCCAACGUCAAGCUGUUCUUCUACACCGACGGCGGCGGCGUGAAGCUGCCCUCGAGCUACGACCUGCAGUAUCUCUCCGGCAGCAGCUGGGUCACCGUCCCCGGCCAGCAGCGCAGCGUGUCCUCCACCGCGUCAAACUCGCCGACGACAAUCACCUUUCCGACAAUCACCACCUCGCAGCUGCGCGUCGUGGCGCCCAACCCGGGCAGCGGAAAUGGCUGGGGCCUCUCCGAGUUUGAGGUCUGGGCUCCGGCCAUUUACAAGAUCCAGAACAAGAAUAGCGGAAAGCUCAUGGGCGUGCAAAACGCCUCGACAGCCAACAGCGCAAACAUCCAGCAGUACGACGACAACGGUACGCGUGACCAUCUGUGGCAGCUUAUCAAGGCGCCUGGUGGCUGGUACAAGAUCAAGAACCUCAACAGCGGACUCCUGCUGGCUGUCCAGGGGGCGUCGACGGCCAACAGCGCGCAGCUGCAGCAGUUCCAGGACAGCGGAACUGACGACCAUCUUUGGAGGGUAAAGUCAGAUCCGAAUGGGUAUUUCAUGAUUCAGAAUAAGAAUAGCGGGCUGUUGGUUGGAGUGGAUGGUGAGUCGACGGCGAACAGCGCCAAUGUUGUCCAGUUCCAGGACAAUGGGACGCCGGACCAUCUGUGGAGCUUGCUUCCAUCUGUUCCUGUCAGUUGA